AUCUUGUACGGCUGAUGGGUCAAAGAAGUUGUACAAUUUGAUCGACUCACGGCGGUGGAGGAAGGAAAAAAAAUCCUAUACGACCCGGGUCGUAUCGUUUCAGUCGCGAGACCCACUCACUUGCGCGACAUGUGGCAUUGUGAAUCUCAAAGCAACAUGCUACCUUCUUCCCCAAUGCCUAGCGAUGAAAUCGAACGUCGUGGCCACUCCCAGACCAUCCCAAUUCCCAACCUGCCGCUGGUGCUAGCUCCGCCGCCGCCGGCGUGGUUUUCCUCCGCUCACAUCGUGCGUCCAGGCUGCUUGCCCGAUUGGCCGCGUCCAAACUCUUCGACGCCGGCACAAUCACACUGCUCAGCCCCGCCGGCCGAGGGCAGGCUCCUGGCGCGGAGCAAGUCCGCUGCUCGCCGCCGGUGUAACUCCACUGCUCGCCGCCGUCAUGAGCCCUCUCACUUGUCUGGGGCUGGGCACCGGUGCAGUCCAAGAAAAUCAAUCUAGUCAAAGAAGACGAACGCCAAUGGAGUUUGCUGGUUGGUUGCUGCCCUCUGGCUAUGUCAUUGCCGUCUUGCUGCGAUGACUUCGCCGUCAGGAACGAGCGCGGCAAGGUGAGAAUCGAGAUUUGGCAAAGGGAAUCGGGGAAGAAGUUACCUUGUUGCGUCAAGAUUCGCGCAGCCACGUGGCACUCGAUUGAGUGGGUCUCCCGGCUGAAACGAUACGACCCGGUCGUAUAGGAUUUUCUUCCGUGGAGGAAACGGUGAGGAACCACCCCUGCCCCCGGCCCCCGCAUGAUUUUCCUGCGUAAUUGGUCGAGCAGCCGAGCAGUCAGCAGUCAAUUCAUUCGCAGGCUUCGCCUUUCUCCUCCGCGUACGAGCAAUACCGGCUAUGCCUCAGGCUCACAUGAAGCUCAGCUGCUUCCUCCUCCUCCUCCUCGUCGCUGUUAGCCUUGCUAUCUGCAGCGUCGGCCAGCAGUUCGUCUACUCCAGCUUCGCCGGCGCCAACAUCACCCUCGGCGGCGCGGCCGCGGUCACCACAACCGGUCUUCUCGAGCUCACCAACGGCACGCUCCGCCAGAAGGCCCACGCCAUCCACCCGGCGCCGUUCCGCUUCCGCGAGCCGGCGGCGCGGAACCGGACGGUGCGGUCGUUCUCGGCCUCCUUCGUGUUCGGCAUCCUCUGCCCCGACACCAACAACUGCGGCCAUGGCAUCGUCCUGUUCGUCGCCCCGGGGGGCUUCAACUUCUCCGCCGCGUUCCCGAGCCAAUAUCUCGGCCUUGUUAACAACAGCACCAACGGCGCCGCCGCGAACCACAUCUUCGGCGUCGAACUCGACACCGACCAGAACAACGAGUUCCGCGACAUCGACGGCAACCACGUCGGCAUCGACGUCAACGGGCUCACAUCCCUCGCGUCCAGCAGCGCCGGCUACUUCGGCGACGACGGCAUCCUCCACAACCUGACGCUCGCAAGCGGCACGGCGAUGCAGGUGUGGGUGGACUACGACGGCGAAGAGAAACUGAUCACCGUGGCCAUGGCUGCCCUGGGAACGGCCAAACCCGUGAAGCCGCUGCUCUCCAAGACCUGCGACCUCUCAACGGUGCUCACGGACACGGCGUACGUGGGCUUCUCGUCGGCCACGGGUUCCUUCAACUCGCAACACUACGUUCUUGGCUGGAGUUUCGCGAUGGACGGACCUGCUCCGGCCAUCGACAUCUCCAAGCUGCCAAAGCUCCCUCGCUUCGGCCUGAAGCGCCAUCCCAAGCUCGCACAGAUCAUUCCACCCGUAGCGACGACAGCGUUCAUCUUUGCCGCGGGCACCCUCAUCGUCCUCCUAAUACGACGGCGGCUCAAGUACAGCGAGCUCCGGGAAGAUUGGGAGGUCGAGUUCGGGCCGCACCGGUUCUCCUACAAGGAUCUGUUUCGCGCCACCGGUGGGUUCAAGGAGAAGAAUCUGCUGGGUGUGGGAGGUUUCGGGAGGGUAUACAAAGGGGUGCUACCGGCGCCCAAACUGGAGAUCGCCGUGAAGAAGGUGUCACAUGACUCGAAACAAGGCAUGAAAGAGUUCAUCGCCGAGGUUGUGAGCAUUGGGCGACUACAACAUCGCAAUCUCGCUCAGUUACAUGGUUAUUGCAGGCGUAAAGGUGAAUUGCUCUUGGUAUACGAGUACAUGUCAAAUGGGAGCCUUGAUAGGCACUUGUAUGGCGAUGGUGAGAAGCCGGUUCUAGAUUGGGACAAAAGGUUCCGGAUCAUCAAGGGAAUUGCUUCGGGGUUGCUCUACCUCCAUGAGGAGUGUGAGAAAGUAAUCAUACACCGGGACAUUAAAGCCAGUAAUGUGCUCCUCGACAGUGAGAUGAAUGGUCGACUCGGCGACUUCGGACUGGCAAGGUUGUAUGACCGCGGCGCCAACCCACAAACCACACAUGUGGUUGGAACCAUAGGAUACCUAGCUCCAGAGCUCGGUCGCACUAGCAAGGCAACCCCCCUGACCGACGUGUUCGCCUUCGGCAUAUUCCUUCUUGAGGUCACAUGUGGACAAAGGCCCAUUAGGCAAAAUUCACAGGGCGAACAACUAAUGCUGGUCGACUGGGUACUUGAGCAUUGGCACAGAGGAUCACUAGCUGAAACCGUGGAUACCAAGCUUCAUAGCUACGAUGCCGGUGAGGCUUGCCUAGCAUUGAAGCUAGGAUUAUUAUGCUCGCAUCCUCUCUCCAAUUCAAGGCCAGGAAUGCGACAGGUCGUGAGGUACCUUAAUGAAGACGUGCAACUACCGGAGCUUACGUUGACGAAUGAGAGCUUCCAGAUUCUUGCGCUGAUGCAGAACGAAGGGUUUGACUCGUACAUCAUGUCUUACCCUUCAUCGAUGGAAAGUGUGACCACCUUGUCCAGCCUUGUAGAGGAAACAUGACAUCGGUUGUGAUGUGUGUGAUUUUCCCUAUGUACUAAUAUGUUUCUCUAUGCUUGAGCAAAUGCACGAAAUUAUAUGGCUGCUAUUGAGGUAUGUGUAACACGUCAUGUGAUGAAGUGCAUCUCUUACUUCACUGUUCAGAAGCAUGUGGAUUAAGUUACAGCAAAAUAA